GUACAAUUGAUUGUGGUAAACCCCAGAUUCCCAUUCUCCAAAAUUCUCAAACAUCGCAAAGGAAAAACUGUGUCAGGCGAAGACGCUGCUCUCGACCAGCUCGCCGCCACAACAGCCGCAAUGUCUCUAAACACCAACCCACCAACGGACUCCGCACUCGACGACCUCACCAACACAACCGCAGCAAUGUCACUGAACUCCAAGGAUCCGGCCGGUCUAUCUCCCGCCAUCGACUCAGGUGUCGAGAUGGACCAACUCACCGCCAAAACCGCAAACGUCUCCCUGGAUGACGCAGCCCCCGCGGAAGGCGCACCCAGCACGAAGUCCAAGAGCAAAAAGAAGAAGAAGAAGAAGAGCAAGGCCAAGAAGACUGGCGGAGUCAAAAUCGCCGCUAUCAACGAGCAUUUCGAUCGCGAAUACGGCACUGAUUAUACCAAACUGGACAUGUGGCAGCUACUCUGCGUCGAUGUCGGUAUCGAGCCUGCUCCAUCUAGCAUCACGCAGUGCAAGAAAGCUUUGAAAAGCAGCCUUGUCAACAUCUACGACUUCCUCUCCGAAGAGCGUCCCGUCAAGCAAUUCCAAUCGUACUCCCAGUUCGUAAAGUACACUCGCGAUGGGCGACUGUAUCCGCUCGACAAGGCCAAGGAAGACAGCUUUGCGAAGAUGUUUCUGAGAUCGAUUCCGUUUUAUGGCUAUCGGCAUUGA